AUGUGGAGUCCUUUUAAACUCAUCCGGACGUUAUUCCGAUGGGUCAGAAUCUUCCUUCGACGUGGCUUCAUCGUCACACUGCCAUUGACUCUUUUCUACGUUGGGUUUGGGGGCAUUGUAGGCCUGCUUCUGGCCGACUAUGAGACUCGGCAAUAUUUUGCCUCUAUGAGGCAUCUCGAACAAAGCAUACUGUCCGUACGGGAGUUGGAUCAGUUCUCCAUACCUGGUGUGCCGGACAUUCACAACCAUGGAGUCGCGCCAUAUUGGGUCCCCCAGCUCCGUGAUCCUACCAACUGGUGGACGAAGCUCGGCCUGGAGCGGUUUGACGUUUCCCCCGUCUUUGAGGAGAACGACGUGCCAUUGAACCAAUUUGCCUUUCCGAACUCACUGUACAGGAAAACAGAUGGGGAGGACGAGGGCGCGUGCUGGCACCACUGGGUCUACGCCUCAGACAACAUCCUGCACAUUCGCGAGCUGUUCUUCAACCCCUGGGACAGUGCGUUCAACGAGCUCCUCCAGUACCACUACGCAAACCCGGCGCCCUGCAAUGCAAGCUUCCACUACGUCACGUGUCCCGACUCGUUCCUCUGCGACAUCUGGAAGACAAGAGGCCCUGCGCUCAUUCACUUCACGACGGAGAAGGUGGACCUCUGGUCGGGUGAGCACGAGAAGGCGAGGGAGGCCGUUGCAGGCUACACCCCAGUCACGGCGCGCAUCCUCGAGUUUCCCAUGGGCAGACACGGGGGGGUGUCACUUGCGCCUGGUGUUUUCCCGACCCCCUUCAACCAGAUGAAGAGCGUCACGAGCGACCCGUAUCUCUGGCAAGCACACGUUCCUUGGAAAGCUCAGCAUCAAACGCAUGUCCGGCUCAACGAGAUCAUUGAACGAAAAAGUAGAGAGUAUCCGGGAUCCUUUGGAAGAGUCAAAAAGCUGGAUAGGUGGCUUUUGGAUAAGAUGAUCCAACCCUGGGGUCUGGAAAUCCCACGCACGAUCGCCAUGGCGGUUGGGAUGCUGACAAGCGCUCUCGGCUGGAGAUGCGUCAAGCUAUCAAGGCAGUUGAUCAGUGCCGUUUUGGGCGCAGAGGACGGUAAGAGGAUAGAUCCUGAGGCUUGGAUGGAGGAGCAGUGGGCGGCAAUGGAGCAGACGGAGCCGAAUUUCGUCGCCCAGGCGAUGCGGGACUUUUUCGACACGGAGCGUGGCAGCGUCUAUGAGGAGAAAAUGAAGGCUUCUCCUGAAGGACAGGAAGUGUUAGAUGCUAUUUGGGACAUUGCGAGAAAGGGGAAGGGACAAAGUGAGGGAAGGUGUGACGAUGGUGAGAAUAUUAAGGCACAGGCGAUGUAG